CCCGCGGCCUGAGAUAUGACCUCUCUGCUUGCCGCAGUUCCCCCAUCAGAAGACCGUGGAGGGAGGCUGGGGACCCGCUGUGCAGCCUCCUUCGUCCCUCCUCACGGACGCGGUGGACUCUCUGCACGUCCAGGGAAUAAGAAAGAUGACCCAAAGCAGCACACUUUACAUUUUUUUUUUUUUAGCUAUAAGAAAUGCCUUUUGUCUCCAAAUUGUCAUCAGGAUCACAGCCAACGUCUUCCUGCUCCUCUUCCACAUCCUCACUUUCCUUCUCCAGUGCAGGACCAGGCCCACGGACAUGGCCAUUGCUCACCUGGCCCUGAUUCAUCUGCUGAUGCUCAUAAUCAGGGUGCACCUGGACCUGGGCAUUUUGGGGGUUCUGGACUUUUGGAACAACUUCACAUGUAAAGCCAUCUUCUACUUGUACAGGCUGAUGAGGAGCCUGUCUGUCACCACCACCAGCCUGCUGAGUGUCCUGCAGGCCACCACCCUCAACCACAGAAGUUCCUUUCUGAACAAGUCCAAGCACAUGUCACCACAAUGCAGUCUGUGGACCUUGCUCACGCUCUGGGUGUUCAACAUGUUCUUCACUGUCCGCAUCUUGGUCACCAUGGAAGGUCCCUCCAAUGACACAGCAGCUUUCAGGUUUGUCUCUGAAUCCUGCACUGUAACCCCCACAGGUCACCAUUUCAGGACCUUCUUUUCCGUGACAGGAAUACUCCGGGACAUUUUCCUUCUCGGGCUCAUGGCCGUCUCCAGUGGGUAUAUGGUGGCCCUCCUGUGCAGGCAUAAGAGGCAGUGCCAGCACCUCCACAGCACCAGCCUGUCCCCAAAAGCUUCCCCAGAAGUGAGGGCCAUCAGGACCAUCCUGCUGCUCAUGGGACUCUUUGCGCUCAUGUACAUUGUGGACUGUGUGUUCGGGACCGAUGCACAGCGAGGAUCCCACUCACCUGGUGGUCCAGAUGCUGGUGGGCAAUGGCUAUGCUACCCUCAGUGCCUUGUUGCUGAUCUGUGCUGAAAAAUGAAUAAUCAAUUUCUUCCAAUCUACACUGGGGAAGGAGAGGAAAUGUUUACACAAUGCCAGAUAACCCCUUCUUUUCUCACCUUCCACUUUACUUCUGAAUUUCCACAAAUGGGUUUGGGAGACUGAGGCAGGAGGAUUGCAUGUUGGAGGCCAGCCUCAGCAACUUAGGAAGGCCCAAAGCAACUCAGUGAGACCCUGUCUCUAAAUAAAAUAUAAAAAGGGAUGGAGAAAGGGCUCCGUGGUAAAGUGGCUCUGGAUUCAAUCCCUGGUAUGAAAAUUUUAAAAAAGACUAAUUCACUGAUUUAGUAUGCAUAAUCUUACUAUGGAUCACCAAAGCAGAUAUCAUUCACUGUCCACAUUACACAAAGUGUGCUCACCCUUGGAUGGAAAAAUUCAUGUUGUAAGAACUACUUUGCUUCAUCAUAGCAAGAGAAAAAUAUACAUAAGUACAACUCUGUGUGCCUGAA